UAAUUGCAAUGAGUAUGCUCGCACUAUUUUAUUUAAUUACUUUUCAACCUGUAAAAUUGAUAUUCAGUUUUGAAACGUUGACACAGCAACUCAGUCUCUUCUUCAUUUGCUUCCAAGCCAUGACUACGUAUGAGAAUCACUUUUGCAACGAUUAUUGUCUACUCAACCCUGAAGAAGCAAGCUUCUUUGAUCUUUUUGGCCUACUUUUUUCCUCUGAAUUGUCACAAAGAAGAUUCAUUCACUGUCCAGGUGAACAACGUGAAAAUUUUGGUCGUAGAUGGCUUAUCUUCAUCUCCGUUCUUGUUCAGAAAAUCCUCCUUUGGGGGACAAAACCGAUGGCCCUGAUGGGGAAUGCGCUCGAGAUGUCGCUAAAUCUUUUAUCAAGCAACGGUGGCCCUUUCAAUCUCCUACUAAAUCUUGCAACAGGGAAAUUAGGGUGGCCUGAUAAAUCAUCGGCGACGUUCACAUCGGUGUUAGCAAAUAUUGACACUCGCUUUGAAUUAGACAGCAAAAUUAAACCUGGUGACAACAAAUACAAAGCACAUCUGUCUGUGAUGGCUGCGAAAAUAUCCUACGAGAAUGAAGCCUUCAUUAAAGCCAAAAUCAUAGAACAUUGGAAGAUGAAAUUCUUGAAGUUUUAUAAUUUCUGGAACGAUUACCAAGAACCUUUGUCAACCCAAGUCUUCAUGCUUCAAGACACACGGGCUAACCCCAACUUGAUUGUGGUUGCAUUCAGAGGCACAAGCCCUUUUGAUGCAAAUGACUGGAUGACCGACAGCGAUCUUUCCUGGUAUGAGCUUAAGGACAUGGGUAAUGCGAAGACCCACAGUGGUUUUAUGAAAGCUCUAGGCUUGCAAAAGAACCAUGGCUGGCCCAAGGAAAUCGAACAAGUCAGUGACCAACGCGAAUUUGCUUACUACACCCUGAGAGAAAAGCUGAGGGAGGUUUUAAAAGAGAAUCAGGAAGCCAAGUUUAUAUUGACAGGGCAUAGCUUAGGUGGGGCAUUGGCAAUUUUGUUUGCGGCUGUGCUAAUGUUACACGAGGAGGAAUGGUUGUUGGAGAGAUUGGAUGGGGUUUACACAUUUGGGCAGCCCAGGGUAGGGGACGAGAAGUUUGGGGAGUUCCUGAAAUUGAGAAAAUUUGAUGUAAAAUAUUUCAGGUACGUUUACAGCAAUGACAUGGUGCCUAGGGUUCCUUAUGAUGACAAAACCCUAUUGUUCAAGCAUUUUGGACCCUGCCUCUACUUCAAUAGCUUCUAUGUAGGAAAAGUUUUGCCGCAGGAACCGAACAAGAAUUACUUCUCUUUACUAUGGGUGUUACCAAAGAUCAUGAAUGCAAUUUGGGAGCUUAUUAGGGGUUUCAUCAUGCCUUAUAUUAUGGGUCCAGACUACAAGGAAGGCUGGUGUUUGAGAAUGUUGAGGGUAAUUGGAUUAGUAGUACCAGGGUUAUCAGCUCAUUCCCCUCAAGAUUAUGUCAAUGUUACCCGACUGGGAUACUUGCCCUUGGAUCUUCAGCCUCAAGACCCCAUACACGAGCGCCAACUUAAAAGAGGUUGACAAAGAUGGUUCCCAUAAAGCUCCGUAAUUGACAGAUUUGAAACACUAGAAGGAUGUAUUCCAUGAACAUGCAUGCAGAAAUCAGAAAAAACGGGUGAAAACAGAUUUUAUAAUCUAUUUGACCUCAUCAAUUCUAUUACUUGUAAGAAAUAAGGUAAAAGCGAUGAAUGAUAUUUCCAUUUCCAUGGCAAACAGUCAUAGUAAGAAAAAAAAAAAAACUAGAAAUGUGAAUUUACAUGCAUACAUACGUACACGAUUUUAUUUGUCAAACAUUCAGGAAAUCUUCAAGUCCCAGGACAUGGCAAUUUGGGGUCUUGCACUAAUCUGGAACCUUGAUUGAAGCAAAACUGCAGUGACAACAAUUUCGGGUCGGUGUAAUAGUUGCUUCCUGUACAAUAUUCAUUAUCUCCAGUGGUCUUUGUUCUUGAAACUGGUAAGAGAUAGGACGGAACAAUAUAAGCAUGAAACUAUAUUACCAGCAAGGAAAUAAAGCUUGAGUGUUAGGUGGAGAUAUUUCCAUUUUCCACGUGCACUAAAUUAAAUGUAAAACGAGUAAAUAAUCAUGUGCCUAAUUGCCUUGUUAUUCAACAAAAACAAUAUGCACCUUAAAAAUGCCAUAUAAUCAAAACUUGACUCGAUUUACAUGGGAUGUUGAAGUGAAAUAACAAAAAUAGCUAAUAUGUUUACUUAGUGCAUUGACCUGCAUCUGCAGUGGUGCUUAUUAGCCUAUUAAGGGGAGCCUCACCACUUUAUUCGAAUGAUAUUGGAUUUGGAUCACUCUCCUUAUCAAUGAACUCAUUAAUCCAAUAUGUAUAUAUGGUUAAAUCUUAAGGCACAUUGCAAUUCUUUCAGUAAUGCUAUGAUACGUUAUCAAUCUCUAAACUAAGAAUGGAAGAAUGAUUAUACUCCAGACAUACACACACGAAAACAAAGGUAAAAAGAAAAUUCCCUUAACCAGUUUAGAAAAGUAAAGCAAAAGAUUUGAAAAGAAACAACUAUUGCAAG